AUGAACCAGGGUGAUAUUAGUAAUAGUAAUAGUAAUAAUAGUAAUAGCAAUGAUGAUAUAAAUAUACAGCCACAACCAUUAUUAAAAUCAAAUGUAACUCGUCCACCAAGAUCAAUUGGCUUUUUAGGUCUAAUUUCGAUUGGUUAUUUUCUCGUAUCGGGUGGACCGUAUGGUAUAGAAUUAGUUGCAAGCACUGGUAGCUAUGUGUACGUUUUGUUAACUUUUAUAUUUUUACCAUUUAUUUGGUGUGUUCCAACAGCAUUAAUCACAGCAGAACUUAGCUGUAUGGUAAAUGAAGAUGGUGGAUGUUCAUUGUGGGCACAAAAAGCAUUUGGUGAGCAUUUCAGUUUAGUGGUUGGGCUAUUUUCGUGGUUUGCAUGCACAGUUGAUUUGUCUCUCUAUCCUGUCUUGUUUGUAUAUUAUCUGUCUAAACUUUUUAUUGGAACCGAAUAUGAAAACUGUAAAUGGGGCGGUCAGCUAUCAGAUUGUUAUUGGUGCACAUUUUUAAUAUCCAUGGGUGUUAUCAUCAUACUAUUUCUUAUAAAUAUCUGGGGCACUGAAAAGGUUGGUAUAUUUGGCACAGUAUUUUCAAUCAUUCUAUUGGUGCCAUUCAUAAUCUAUAUUGGUAUGGGAAUUGGUAAAGUUAAAAUGGGUCAAAUUCUAUCGGUAGACGGCGGCAUUAAAAACUUUACUGGUGUUAAAUGGGGUACUCUAAUAACGACAGUGGUCUGGUCAAUAAGCGGCUACGACCAAUUUGGGCAGCUUGCAGGUGAAGUUAAGAAUGCUAAAAGAAACUAUCCAAUGGGUGUAAUUACAGUGAUGGUACUUUCUAUUUGUUUCUAUCUGCUAUCGUUAAUUGUUGGAAUGCAAUUUGAAAGAAAUCCAAAUGAAUGGUAUACUGGGGAAUUCUCUGAUAUUGCAAUUUCGGUUGGUGGCAAAUGGCUGGGAAUUCUGAUGAGCAUUGGUGGAAUGGCAUCUUCAGUCGGUUUGUUUCUGUGCAACCUUAAAGCAAUAAGCAAUAAUCUUUACAGUCUAUCACUUAGAGGUCUAUUACCAAGUUUCUUUUCAAAACUCUUGCCCAAAAGAAAAACACCAUACAUUGCUACAAUAUUCAACUCCUUCAUAGUCUCUCUAUUAAUACUGUUUCCCUACGAAUCUAUACUAAACCUAGAUAUGGCCACAUAUAGCAUUGUUAUUGCAUUUGAGUGUAUUAUUUAUAUAAGGCUCUAUAUCAAUAACCCUGACUAUAAAAGACCCUACAAAGCUAUACCAACGAAAUGGUUACUACCCUAUUUAUCAACACCAAUCAUUAUAACCAUUGUAAUAUUCGUUUUGGCUCCCAAAAAUAUAAAAUGGAAUGUAACAGUAUUUGCAGCUGCCAUCAUACUUGUAGUAUUAACAAGAUACUUUUUUUUAAAAUAUAAACUAAAAAAAAAAGAAAAAAAAGAUAACAAUAAUAAAGAUUUAAUAGUAAUUAGUUAUUAUUAA